GCCCCUGCGAGGAAGCGGCGCGGCUUCCUGCGGCUUGGGACGGGGAUAUAGGCGCCCCCGCCCGGGCCCGGCUCAGCGCCGCCGCUCCUCCUCGCCUGCUCGCCGCGCGAUGGCCUCGCUCCGGGCGGAGCGCGCUACCGGCGGCCCGCGGCCCCCCGCGACCGGCGCCGGGCGACCGGCUGCGCUCCGCCUCCUCCUGCUGCUGGGCGCUGUCCUAAAGCCCCAGGAGGCCCUGGCUCAGCUUCUUCCCACCCCAGAUGACUUAAAGUCAGAAGGGAAGACGAUGGAGAACUAUGUGACAAAUAUCCAAAGUUGCUGGGAUGAUUAUAAGGUUCAAAUGGACUCUAUCGAAAAGGAUUGGUGUGACUGGGCCCUGAUUAGCAGGCCUUACAGCAUCCUUCGAGACUGCUUGGAAAGGAAAGCAGAAGAUUUUGGCCUGGGCUUCCCUAAUCCCUGGGCAGAACAGAUCAUCUUUGAUACUCACCACAUCCACUUUGCCAACUGCUCCCUGGUGCAGCCCACCUUAUCAGACCCCCCAGAGGAUGUGCUCCUGGCCAUGAUCAUAGCCCCCAUCUGCCUCAUCCCCUUCCUUGUCACCCUCGUGGUGUGGAGGAGUAAAGACAAUGAAGCCCAGACCUAGGGUGGCAUGAGCUCUUCAGCAGCCAUCUUACUCCUUUCCUCUGCCACCACCAGGUCUCUCCCCUCCCCUCCCUACUUCCUUCUCUCACUCCCACCCCAACCGCAGAUCCUGAGAUCAGUGGAAAUGGAAGCCGGGUGGGGUCAUGGACAAGUUCUGUAAUCUUCAAAAUAAAGCUGUUUUGUUUUGUUUUGU